CUCACGCGUAAAUUGCGCGCAAGAAAGUGUCCCCGGACCCCCGGACAUGGACCCGACCCCGCAGUGCGCCGCCAUGUAUCUGCUGGUGCUGUCCCUCGGGCUGCUCACGGAGCGCGGGCUCUGCCAGCACUACUACCUCCUCCGCCCCAUCCCCAGCGACAGCCUGCCGCUGGUGGAACUAAAAGAAGACCCGGACCCGGUCUUCGACCCCAAGGAGCGGGACCUUAACGAGACCGAGCUGAAGAGCGUCCUGGGAGACUUCGACGGCCGCUACCUGUCGGUGCUGCCGCCGCCGCCCGUGGAGGACAAGUACACCGGCAACGACGAGCUGGAUGACCUGGAGGCGCAGAAGCCCGCCGGGGUUCUGCCCAAGGAGAUCCGAGCCGUGGACUUUGACGUCCAGUUCGGGAAGAAGCACAAGCCGAGCAAGAAGCUGAAGCGGCGGCUGCAGCAGUGGCUGUGGGCGUACUCCUUCUGCCCGCUCGUGUCCACGUGGACCGACUUGGGGACCCGGUUCUGGCCGCGUUUCGUGCGCGCCGGCAGCUGCCUGAGCAAGAGGUCGUGCUCGGUUCCGGAGGGGAUGGUGUGCAAACCCGCCAGCUCGACCCACCUGACGGUACUGAGAUGGAGGUGCGUGCAGAGGAAAGCGGGGCUGAAGUGCGCCUGGAUCCCGGUGCAGUACCCGGUCAUCACAGACUGCAAAUGCUCCUGUUCCAGUUAAAAAACACACAACAACAACAACAACAACAACAAGACUCUGAAUAAUAAAUU